AUGGCAGCCACGGACAACACAAACGGCACUACUGCCGUAGAUGCUUAUUCAAUUGUCGACGAAACUGCCAAGGUCUUUCGCAACAGUAUUCUAGAAAACCCUCUGGUCAAACAACACCUGGUUGAGGGGUUGGAGAAAUAUGCAGCUUCCAUCUCUUUUACAGGAUCUCCAAAGCCAGCUCUGCCAGUGAACUGGAGAUUUGCGGAGAGUGUUGCAUCUUUGAAGGCUUUGGAGGGAACAUAUGUAAAUGCCAUCUUAGACAAGGUCUAUGGCGUGCCACCACAAAAAGCAGUGAUCAAUACAGAUCAUGCAUUGUUAUUCAUCAUGUCACUUAUGGUGUGGUCGCUAGAACCAGAGGGACGCAAUGUGACAUUUGCCGAUACGCGAACUGAUCCUGCUGGAAAGGCACUAUACAAUAGUCUUUUCGCAGAUUAUGAUGUGCAUGGCUCUCUUUCUGGCGCAUAUCGCUGUUGUACGUCAAAUAUUUACAAGACAAAAGACGACAAAUUCUAUCAUCUUCAUGGAUCGAUGAAUCCAGAUGUGAUUCUGGAUAUGCUGAGCCUUCCUCGUGUGCCCGAGGGAGAAGACACAUUUGAGAGACAUCUACCUACUUUCAUCGACAAGAUUGCUCAAUAUGGAAGCACCGAGUUGGAUCAUGUGUCCAACGUAGUCUACAAGCAGGCAGGUGCUAUUAGCUAUCCCAAAGAAGACUAUGCGCAAACCGAACAGGGAAAGGCAAAUGCUCAUGUUGGGCUCUGGGAGACAUGGAAAGCAAACGAACACCAGGCGCCAUCUUGGUGGACUCAUGAUUCUGAUCCAUCUCGCCCGCUUGCAGGAGUCAAGGUCCUUGAUGCCACGAGAAUCAUUGCUGCUCCAAUCACAUCUCGCGGACUGGCUGAAUUAGGUGCCAGUGUGUUGCGCAUAACGUCUCCUUCGGUCCCUGAUGCGACUCUUUACCACCCAGAGCUGAACUGGGGAAAGUGGAACGCAUCCUUGGACUUCAAGAAGCCGGAGGACAGAGAGACCAUGAAACAGUUGAUCAUGGAAUGUGACGUUUUUAUCUCAGGCUAUCGGCCUGGCGCACUGGCAAAAUGGGGAUUCGACGCCGAUGAUGUUCUGGAAAUGACGAAGGGGCGUGAGAAAGGAAUCAUUGUUGUUCGCUUGAACGCGUACGGCUGGAAUGGGCCUUUGCAACAUCGCAGUGGAUGGCAACAGAUAUCUGAUGCGCAUUGCGGUAUCUCAUAUGAGUUUGGGCGUGCCAUGGGCCAUGACGAGCCCGUGACCCCAGUGUUUCCCAAUACAGAUUUCUGCGCUGGCGUUUCCGGUAUUUGCAGUGUUAUGGAUGCUCUCAUUCGGCGAGGCGAACAGGGCGGCUCGUAUAAAGUGAAUCUCGCCCUGGACUACUACGCCAAUUGGCUUGUACGAAGUGUUGGGACAUAUCCUGAACCUGUAUGGAAUGAGGUAUGGCAGAAACAUGGAGCCCCAGUAUUCCGGCACUAUGACCACAUGUUGGUGAUGUUGUUCAAGGUCAUGGGCAUGCUUAAGAAGAGCUCACCGGAAUUGUUUGAUGACUCUCAUUUUGAGAUACGUCAUCCUUCUCACCUUGGCAUAUCUUACCGUGCUGUGAAGCCAGUCUUGCAGUUCCCAGAUGGACUUGUGAAGCCAGGGUUUACAGUAGGUACUAGAGGCAACGGGGUAGAUAAAGCUCGUUGGCCCGAGGACCUGAAGACUGAGGUGAUUACAUAG